AUGAAAACAAACUUUGGAAUUCACAAAAAAAAAAUAAAAAAAAUUAAAAUCAUGAAAAUUGCUUUUGUUUUGUGUAUUUUGGCCAUUUCAGUCAAUUCUGCACCCCAGCUGCCCAACUUCCAAUUCCCACAAUUCAACUUCCCUAGCUUUGGAAACUUAAACUUCCCAAAUUUCAACACACAACCCAACAACUUCAACAUGCAGCCCAACAACUUCAACAUGUUCCCCAACAUGAUGCCACAAACUACAUCCAACUUCAAUCCAUCCGAGAACUCCAAUAGCUUUGAGCCAUCCAAGAAUCCAGACAACUUCCGACCAUCAGAAACUCCAGAGGAAUCAAACACCUGCAUGAAGGACUGUGAACCGAAACCAUUGAAUGUCUGUGCUUAUGACACUGAUCCUAAGUUUGGAAUGACCUUCCAGAGUGAAUGUGAAAUGGACAAGUUUGCGUGUGAGAAGAGAAGUGGACAAAAGUUUAAGGGCAAGUUGCUUGGUGAUUGCCCUAAUUAG